UGAGCUGGGAAAAGUUCAGGUGUCUUCUGAUCAUUCACCAGACACCAUGACACUGCUGGCUCUGCUGCUGAUGAUCGGAGCUGCCGUGGCAGUUCCUCGUGAGGAUGGACGCAUCAUCGGUGGGCAGGAUUGUGAGCCUCACUCUCGUCCAUACAUGGCCUCCCUCAACUAUGGCUACCACUUCUGUGGUGGAGUACUCAUCGGCAAGCAGUGGGUGCUCUCUGUCGCCCACUGCUGGUACAAUCCCUAUGCCAUGCAGAUCCUACUGGGAGAACACGAUUUGCGAGUAUUUGAAGGUACUGAGCAGCUCAUGAAGACGGAGAACAUCAUCUGGCACCCUGAUUAUAACUAUCAGACUCUGGAUUAUGACAUCAUGCUGAUCAAGCUCUUCCACCCUGUGGAGGUGACUGAGGCAGUCGCUCCCAUCCCGUUACCCACAGGCUGCCCCGUGGGAGGGCUUGCCUGCUCUGUGUCUGGCUGGGGAAAUACUGCCAUGGGCGACCAGGUGGACAUGCCCCGUCGUCUGCAGUGUCUGGACGUGCCUGUAAUUGAUGAUGAAGUGUGUAAAGGGGCCUAUCCUGGCAUGAUCACCAGGAGGAUGAUGUGUGCCGGAUACAUGGACGGAGGCAGAGAUGCCUGCAAUGGUGACUCCGGCAGCCCUCUGGUGUGUCUCGGAGAAGUCUACGGCCUUGUGUCAUGGGGUCAGGGAUGUGCUCUACCCAACUACCCCGGCGUCUACGUCAAAGUCUGCGAGUUCCUCUACUGGAUUGAAGACGUUCAGGCAGCCAAUCCCUGAAGAAAGUCUCCCCUCCUCACUUCUUCCAUUUGGUUCCCUGUCAAUUACCACGUAUCACCUGUAUCACUCUCUGGUGCCUCUUUGUCAUCCAGUCUCAACACACAUGUGCCAAAACAUCAAAAGCACAAUAAAACCACGCUGUUGUGUACUCA